UUAAAGGAGGGUGCGUGCUAUUUCUGCCAGAUUCUGAAGCCUCGGAGGAGAGCCAAGAGAUGUACGUGUUACUCGUACAAAGACAAAGAGUGUGUUUACUACUGUCACCUGGACAUCAUCUGGAUCAACACACCAGAGCGCAUUGUCCCAUACGGCAUGUCGAAUUAUAGAGGCUCUCAGCGGGUACGGCGUUCUGCCGAGGGCAGCGUUGGAGGUCAGCGCUGCGUGUGUGCUUUACACAGCGACCAACAGUGUGAUGCUUUCUGCAGUCAGAGGGGGAGGUCAACAUGACUGUCCAUUGGAGCACAGGUUAACUGAUAUUCACUCAUCCGUUGGACUGCUUCUUCAUUCUUCUGUCUCGAGAAUCACCUCAGAGAAAAGGUUCAUGUCUAUUCAAAAGGAAGGCGGUUGGAAUUCCAUUACUGAGAGGGAGAAUAUAAGAGCAGAGAGAGUCAGGAUGUACUUACUCUGUCAACGUGAAAGCAUUACGUAACAGCACCUACUGUAAGCUAACACAUCUCUGAAGUAGCCAUGCAUUCACUGCCACUCUUAGUGUGACCAAGUCACAUUCAGGUGAGAUGUCUGUGAGGCUCUAAAUUAUGGACUGUAUCGACUUGCCACUAUGAUCUGAUUUCCAAAUCAGAUGUGCACGAUGGAGUUUAAUAAGAUCUAAGAUUUAAUAAGAACCAAUAAGCAUCACACACAGGACUUUGAAUAUUUGAAACGGUUCACAUACCAGUCACCAUCAUGUAAUGUGUUUAAAGGACUUUGUUAAAAUACUUCUUGAACAAUUCAUUUAAAAAAAAGUGCUGUACAACAAACUCUACAGGAGUAUGAAUAAUUAACAAAGCAGACAAUAGGAAAAUCCCUAGCUUUUCUUGAGCACAAAAGAAAUCUUGUAUUUCACAACUAACCAAAAGGUGUCCAUUUUAAAUACACAUCUACUGUAUGAAUAGUUGUGAUAAAGAGUAUAUGCAAUAAAUAAGUAUCUAUUUAUUCCACUAACCAAAUGUUUUUUUAUAAUAAUUCUCCAAACUGAAACAAAAAAGAAUCAAGUUUCCUUCCCAUUUCAAACCAUUACAAGAUAAAAUAGCCUUAAUUUAUUCAUAACAUUAGCAGUGGAAAAAAAGCACAUAUGGCAAAGAUGAAAUGGAAUAAAAUGCAUACAGUUCAUUAACUGAAACUGAUUGUACCUGUUCUUACUUUUCAUGGCUGACAUACAGGUCAUUAUGUAUGUAAAAGUCCUGUACAUAUUCUCUGUUUAAUAUUAAAUUAAAACCUUUUUUAU